CAAUUCACAAAUUCAUUCACCAGUCAUUCAUAAACGUAGAAGAAAGAAAAUAUCUUUGAAUGGGCAGAGAAAAUUAAUAGUGUAAAAUAAUGAUUUCUCGUUAAAAUUUGCGUCUAAUAUUUUGCUAUAUACAAAAACUUCAAUAUGGUAACUAUAAUAAAGAAUCAACUGCUGAAACAUCUAUCGAGGUACACAAAGAAUUUAUCACCAGAGCAGAUCUCUCUCUCAGCUCUAAGAGGGUCUGGCGAGCUGCAAGAUCUAACACUAGAUGAAGAUUUGUUAACUGAUUUGCUGGAACUUCCUGGCUGGGUGCGGUUGACCUCAGCGAGAUGCAACCGAGCGUCAUUCAGGAUACAGUGGACCAAACUUAAAACAGUUCCUAUUGUAUUGAAUCUAGACGAAGUGCACAUCGCUCUAGAAGUAUGUACAGAGCCUCGCGUCAUGAACCCGGGCUCGGCUGGUGCCAUGCCCAUACCGGGGAAAUACAGUUAUAUACACAAGGUAAUAGAUGGCAUAUCCGUGGCUGUGAAUCAAGUUCAAAUAGAGUUCAAAUGUGACGCCUUCACCAGUAGUGUUCAGAUCUCUAGGGUGACCGUGGAAUCCAGAACACCAGAGGGCAGAAAGGGUGAUCUAAGACUGACUAGAAUCAAAUCACCUGACACUGGCCAAUUACUUAUAUUUAAGGAAUUAGAAUGGCAAAGCGCCCGAAUAGAGGCGAAGGCCCACGGCGUUGCAGCAGCCAACCUUCCUCCUCUGCGGCUGCUACUCGGGAAUACGCACUGUCGGAUAGUUAUUAAGAAACGGUUAUCUGACUGCGCCGUGCUGGGGUCACGCCUGGUGCUUCGCCCGGAGCCGCUAGCGUGGGCGCUGACGGACGGACAGCUGCGCGCCGCGCUCGCCUGCGCCGCCGCGCUCGCCGGGCCCGUCCGCCGCGCCACCGAGCAGGCCACGCGCACCAAGGCCGCGCACAAGAUCGAAGAACCCCUUGAUCAGAUCCACAGCCGUCCAACGUCUGGCGAUAAAGACAUAUUAGCUCGUAUGUUCGCGAAACAUGACGUCAGAGAAACCUCCUACCAUUUGCUUGCGCCGCGGAUAGACCUGCACUUGUGUGACGAUCCUGGACUGGGUAGAUCAGAAAUGCCGCAGCUUGCGAAUGGCGGGGCGCUACAAGUGACUCUCGUCAGUAUGCAAGCCGACUUGUUCCCUUACCAUAAAGCUUCCAACGAUAGACGGCACUGGCGAGGAUAUAGGGAAGCGGCCACCCCUCACAGUCAGUGGCUGUCACAAGCAUUGUCUUCCUUCUGCACUACUCUGCUGGAAACCUUGGAUCCUAGACCCAUGACACCUAGUGCCAAGACGAGUCAGAGCGAGCGCGGCGACGAGCCCGUGGGCAACGGCGUCCCGCCGCGCGCGCCCGCCGCGCCCGCUGCGCCCGCGCCGCCCACGCCCACCGCCGCGCAGGCCUCGGCCGCAUCACCCACUAGAACGAGAAUACUUCAGCAGCUCGGCAAGUUGAUGACUACUUGUCUCAUACUCAGGAUAGACGAUUUCACCGUUUAUAAGGUAUCGACAGGAUCCAAGUCACGCGAAGCGCCGCGGCCUUUGGUGAGCGCGGAAAAAGCGACCUUACCGGGCGACGCUGGCCUGCUGCACGCUGAACUCACAUUUUUCUACUACCCUGGGGAUGUUUGUUUUCCCGUGCCGUCCCCGAAGCUGUACGUGCAGCUGAGCCCGGUGCGCGUGUCGGUGGACGUGCCCAGCCUGCUGUGGCUGGCCGCCUUCCUGCCGCACGUGGGCGCCGCCGUCACCGACCACGCGCCGGCCGACGACUCCGCCGCCUACAUCGACGUGCGCACCGAGGCCAUCAUGCCCAAGAUUGUUCUAGAAGCUGGCCCAGAGCACGUGUCGCAGCAACGAGAUCGACCCAAGGAGCUUCACAUAUGUACAGCGAGGGCGACGUUUACUAAUGUUCGAGAAUCACCCAGAGCCAACACGGCUGGUACGAGAGCAGAUCUUGCGUCUAUAAUAGCUGCAAUACGAAGGACGACGGUACAUCGAGGACAAUUCCCUUGUUCGUCCGACGACAUCGACCCUUUGCAUGAACAGUUUUUGCUGCAUGCCGAUAACCUGGACGACGUGGAGCGCGGCGCGGGCGCGGCGGCGGAGCGCACGUGGCGCGAGAGCCGGCGCGUGUGGUGCGCGCGCGUGGAGCCGCUGUGGGCCGACUUCUGCGGCGCGCGCGCCACCGCCUGCAAGCCCUCGCCGCUGCUGGACGCCACGCCGCUCACCGCCUGGGUGUGCUUCGAGGAGGGUUUCUCUCGGAUCUGGGUGAUAGGCCGGACGUGCGGAUUGAGCGGGAUCCAGCUCAAUCAUUACCAGCUCCUGUUCCUUCUGCGACAGAUGGAACGUAUCAGUGAGCUGACGGCGUGGCUGGCUCACCAGGCUAGCAGGAUGCCGGAAGCUGACCAGGGGUCGUUGGUAGUCGGUCUUGUUGUUCCAGCAGUAGAGGUGACACUGGUUUUACCAACUAAUUGCCCGGGACAAGAGUCUUCCAGGGAUCUAGAUAGUGUACCACUAGAUUCAUCCAGCCUCAAUGAUAUGAAAUUAGGGUCGGACGCAACAAUGGCUCCCUCUAUGCUGGACCGAGAUAGCGGCGUGCUAGCCACACAGGGUACCAUUGAAGUGUGCACCGCUCAGCCUCUGCCCGCUGACGAGAUACAGCCGCCUAGCCCUGGGUUGAAUUUUAGUGGUUUCUCGUCGAUGCGGCGCGGGCUGACGUCGCUGGUGACGUCGCUGGACAGCGCGCUGACGCGCGACGACGCGCGCAGCGACGCCGCGUCCACGGCCAGCUCCGACAGCGAGCGGUACGUCGUGGUGGGGCUGGCGGCCGAGUCGCCCGACGACGCCGACGUCGCCUUCAGGGAAUUCGAACACGGGCGGUUAUCGAGUGGUGUGGAGGUGGCGUCGGAGGUGGUGGAGCGCUCGUCGUCCCCCAGCGACCACUCCAUCACCAGCUCCUGCAAGCGACGCGACAUGAUAUCGACGUGCACAUUGCGUUUGAACAACAUAUACCUCGUGCAGCAAAGCGCGAACGCUAAGUCCUGCAUGCGGUUUGUGGCAGAUGACCUCAAGACUGACGAGUGCUCUUCCAUACCUUGGGAUGAGUUCCAGAUUCGACUCAAGAAUAAGUUUUCCAUGCGCGCCCGAGCCUGGUCGGAGCCCGCGACGGGUGACGACGACCUGCGACCUCGCGAGACGCCGCGCGUCGCAGCGAGGCUACUGCGGACUGAACUGCCGAGAGCUGUCAAUGAAAUGGGUGAGCCCGUAGGUCUAGCUCCGUACGAGGAAAUACUGGAAGCACGCAUCAGAGAGUUGAGCAUCGCUCUCAACAUGAGCACGGCCCUGGCGCUGUCCGAGUUUAUCGAGGACGAGGUGGUGAUACCGCCCAUGCCUCUGGAGGUGCUAAUAGAAAACGUUAAAUUACAUCUAGUCGAAGACAGACCGACUCGCUCCAUAUCUUCGCCGCCGCCACAACCUUUAGACCUGGAUCUAACCACUCUACGAUUAAACCGAGACACUUCAGGCGUUGUCCACCUUGGACCCACCGUCUCUUCGAGAACUGUCUCCCCGAGCAGUCCACCUCCGGAACUGCAGAUGGCGAUGGAGGAGAUACAAAGAUUGAACGAGGAAAAUGAGGAUUUGAGGAAAAGGUUGGCCACGUUGAAUAGGAUAGCUGAGGAUAAUCGAGAUUUGAGGGCCAAAGUGGAGGAGGCGAGCGCGCUGCGGCAGUGCGUGCACGCCGCGCAGCGCGACGCGGCGCGCCUGCUGGCCGACAAGCACGAGCUGCUGGAGGCCGUGCGCCUGCUGCAGGAGCAGCUGUCGGGCCCGUGCCGCGGGAAGAGAUAGCGCUCCCGCGGCGGCGCUCAGGCCUGCCUCGACUGCGCCGCCUGCACCGCCUGCUGCGGACAGCGACUGUAGACGCGCGGCCGGCCGUGGCGCUGCUGUAGCCGUCUGCUGGUCGACUGUCGUGAGACUGCCGAGGAUUCAAUGUUGCCAACCUUAUUAAAUUACCCUCAAACAUCAUGCUUGACCUUAUCCCAUUCAUUUGGGAUUGACGCAGUGGCUUAUAAAACUGCAUGAAAAAUAUUUAAUAGAUUGACGUUAACCAACCCUGAAAGUUUUUACGAUAGCCAACAGUUGGCAUGUGGUGGCGCUAUACUACUGCCGGAAACGACACGGCGAAUACCACAAGAA